AUGGCAGUGUCGGGGUCCACAACUGUGCAGCUUUUCACCAAGCUCCUCAAACAUGCAGUGGGCAAAACCCAAAUCCAGCUGAACCGCUGGCUGCAGAGGACUGCCACUGAGGAGUGUGACAAAAUUGACAUCCUGAUAUGCAGCGCCUUCGACGAGAGAAGGAACACUGGGAAGUCUGAUGGAGAUCCUGAGGUCAUCACUGACAGCGGAGACGAAUUUACCACCACCGGAGAGUUCAGACACCCAUGUUGUAUCACCACUUGUUGUUUCAAGAGUGCCCUGUUGGCGUGCAUCUUGACCGCUGUGUGCUUCUCCUCGGUAGCCCUGGUGCGGCAGUACCUCAAGGAUCUCCUGCUGUGGGUGGAGAGCAUGGACAGCCUGGUGGGAGCUAUGCUGUUUAUAGUUGGCUUGAUUAUCGUGUCUUUCCCAUGUGGAUGGGGAUAUAUUGUUCUCAAUGUGGCAGCUGGCUACCUAUAUGGCUUUGUACUGGGCAUGGGGCUUGUCAUGGUGGGAGUUUUAAUAGGGGAACCUUUGUUGCACCUGGUUUGCAAGCGUUUGUUGACGGACUGGGUGCUAAAUAAAGUUGGGAACAGUGAACAGCUCAGUGCUGUCAUACGAGUGGUGGAGGGAGGAAGUGGACUCAAAGUUGUGGCCUUAGCGAGACUCACACCUAUACCUUUUGGGCUUCAAAAUGCAGUUUUCUCGAUCACAGAUGUGUCCUUGCCAAACUACCUGGUGGCCUCUUCUGUGGGUCUGUUGCCCACACAGCUUCUCAACUCCUACCUUGGCACGACUCUUCGCACCAUGGAGGAUGUCAUCGCUGAGCAGAGUGUCAGUGGGUACUUCGUGUUCAGCCUGCAGAUCAUCAUAAGCAUCGGCCUGAUGUUCUACGUCGUGCAUCGAGCUCAGGUGGAGCUCAAUGCAGCCAUCACCGCCUGUCAGAUGGAGCUGAAGUCAUCGCACAUGAAUGGCUCCUCCACCAAUCACAGCAGCUUCAGCUACUGCAGCAAGAGGGUGACGACCAGCAGCGGAAACUGCAUCAACGUGGUUUAGCUGCAAAAAAAAUAUCCCACUACGAGAGAUCAGACCGUGCUGCAGUUAGAAAUUGAAAGACUGCAUAGCUGAUGGUCCGGUGACACAUGCCACUCUGGUUCUGCCACUGUAGUCGGUAUGAUGUUUCUUCAGUUUGCAGGAUCAUGCACCUGUUGAGCUCAUGAGUGAAACAAUGCUCAAAAAUGGCUUUGCUGGGUAUGACUUUGGGAUUAUUUUUUUAAUUUUAGCAAUUGUUUUUAUUUAUUUUUAUUAACCUUAACUCUGUUACAGGAGGUGUCAAAGAGCAGUGGUGUUCAGAGAUUAUCUGAGGCGCCUGAGUCAGUCAGUGAGUCAUUAAUAAAUAGCUUGGCGCUAACUGCCUGUUAACUCUAUGAAUGUGCAAUCUGGAGCUUUCUAGGGAACCAGGAAUCCUUUUCAGUGUCAAAAGAAUGCUAACCUAUGCACCUUUGUUUCACCAUCUGUUCUUGUGUAUUUCCGGGUGAUCUUAGGAUUAAUUUAUUGACAUCCAGUGCUAAUUCACCUUAAAUAAUAAGGGCAUUAUUAAAAUUUGUAAAAGAUUUGGCUUUUUAGUAGAGUUAAUUUUUUAAGUGUCUUAUUGUUUCAUUACUGAGAGAGAGGAAGGAGAAAAAAGCUAUUGCUGAGUAUUACCAGCUUCUCUGUUUGCCUGUGUGAUUUCUGCCAGCGAUGGCCACAUCAGCUGAAAUCUCCAGGCCUGCUUCUGCCUGGACAUGUUUUUUUAGCACUUGUGUAGUUUUGAUAAGAGCACCUGGAGAUGAGAGUAGAUUUCACAGCAGGAAACUCAGGAAUGUUCUGCCAGGAAAAAGAAAAAAAACAGUUGAAGUGCGGCACCAUCACCUUCCACAGUAGCACAGCCACUCUCCACAUGUUGUGCUCCAGAAGAUAUUUCCACACCAAACUGAAACCUGAGAUGUCUAAGCUUUUCCUAAAAAUUUCUACUUACAUUUGAUUUCCUAGAGUUUUAGCAGUAUUUUUUUUUCUUUUUAUCUUGGCUGUGACAGUAUCUGUUAGGACUAUUGCAUAGCUCUUGUUUAAGAUGGUUUUUGAAAAUUCUGUGCAAUAUAUUG